UUCCUAACACCACAUCCUGUGCCGUAACAAGAUAACGAGACAAAAACCCUAGAUAACCCCUUUUCUUCAACCUCUCAAUAUGGCCAAAAAGAAAGUGUCGCACUCAUCUAAUUCUCAAGACCCUAAACACUCACAAAUCGAAGCACAAACCAUUCCAAUGGCUACCCUAACCGAUGAUUCCUCUCUGCAACAGAUUCAGAGCCUUAGAAACCUCAAUGGCAAACUUCUCAAGGAGACCACUGAGCGCCGCCAGCAGAUUGACUCUCUCCAGUCAGAGAUACGCCGCUCCGCCGUCUCCUACAACGACAUUCUCGCUGCCUUCCACAUCGAAAACGUCGUCGCUUCGGUUUUCGUGGACAGUCAGGUCAAGGAGAUGAACCUCUGCUUCGAUAUGCUCCUCGGAGAGAAGGACCGCGAGGUUGAAGGUCUCAAUCGUCAACUGGAAAGCCUCGCUGUGCGGUUCCGGAACGAGACCGGUGUUCUCGUGAAAGAGAGAGACAGACUCGUCUACCAGACGAAGGUUUUGGGGGAGAAUGUAGAGAGGGAGGUGAAGCUUAGAGGAGAAGCGGAGAAGAGUAGGGUGGAAGGUGAAAAACUGUUGUCGCAGAAACAGAGAGACGUUGCGGAGUUGAAAACGGAACGAGAUUCGGCGCUGAAGAGCUCUCGAGAGUCGCUUUUGGCUGUUGAAACGUUGAAGGAGGAGAUUGAAGCGGUGAGAAGGGAGAAGGAUGAGUUUUUGAAGGUAAGCGAAAAUCAGAAGCAGAAAAUCGGUGGUCUUGAAGAGGAGUUGACACGAGUCAACGAGUGUUUGAAGAUGCAAGAGGAGAGCACGCGUGUCAGACUUGAUGGUGUGGGCAAUAAACUUGGUCUUGCGACGCAGAGGGUGGAGGAGAUGAAGAAGGAGAACAUUUCGUUGCACCAGGAGAAGAAGGAGAUUGAAAAGGUCGUUGAGAUGUUGACAGAGGAGAAUGCCGGUGUUCGUAAGAGUUUGAAUGUGGCUAUGAAGGAGUUGGAGGAUAAGCAGCAUAAGGUUGAUGAAACUGUUAGAGUCAAAGGUGAAAUAGAGGAGGCGAAGGUUAAUCUGGAAAGUGAAAUCGUUGGAUUGAGAGAAAAAAUCAAUGAAUUGCAGGAGUCUUACAUGAAGGAGUUGGAGGAUAAGCAGCAUGAGAUUGAUGCAGCCUUUAGAGUCAAAGGUGAAAUAGAGCAGGUGAAGGUUAAUCUGGAAAGUGAAAUUGUUGAGUUGAGACAAAAAAUCAAUGAAUUGAGGAAGUCUUACAAUGAGGAGUUGGAGGAUAAGCAGCAUGAGGUUGAUGCAGCUGUUAGAGUCAAAGGUGAAAUAGAGGAGGUGAAGGUUAAUCUGGAAAGUGAAAUUGUUCAGUUGCGACAAAAAAUCAGUGAAUUGAAGGAGUCUCACAAGAAGGAGUCGGAGGAUAAGCAGCGUGAGGUUGAUGCAGCUGUUAGAGUCAAAGGUGAAAUAGAGGAGGUGAAGGUUAAUCUGGAAAGUGAAAUUGUUCAGUUGAGAGAAAAAAUCAGUGACUUGAAGAAGUCUUACACGAAGUUUGAAACGGAAAACAAGCAGUUGCUUUCAGAAGUUGAGAGUUAUAGAAAUGCUGUGGAGAAAGAGAGGGUUGAGAAGGGAAACAUGAAGAAAGGUUUUGAUGAGGAGAGGAAGAGAGUGGAGAAGUUGGAGCUGCUAAUUUCAAAAUUGAAGGAAACGGUUGUGAAGAGAGAAGCUGAUUUGGGACAAUUGAGAAAUGAUAGGGAUAAGCUGGUUGAGAAUGAAAAGAAGCUAGAGGGCAAUGUGAGUGUUUUGAGAAAGGAAAAUGAUGCAUUGCAGAGUAAGCUUUUGGAAGCAAGAAAGGAAGUUGAGGAAUUGAGUGGUAAGGUUGAUGUUUGGUGCAAAAAUUGGAACAAGGCCCUUGCACUGUUGAAGCAUACCGCUACACUCGUUUCUCAACAGAAGGGUAUUGAAGAGGAAGUGGUGGCGAAUGGUAAGAAUGUUGAAGAAAUGGAAGAAAUAGCUGUUGAGGAAGUUGAAAAGAUAAAGAAGGCAUUUGAAAGCAAAGAGGAGAUGCUGGAUGAAAUGAAGCAGAAAGUGGUUUCAUUGAACAAGUCUGUGGUGGAGGCACACAAAAGUAAGAACAUGUGGACUGUGUUAUCUUCUGCAACUACAAUUUUUGCUGCUGCCUUAGUUGCUUAUGUUGCUAGAGGACGUUGAAUCCCUAUCCUAUUAACUUUUUAGAUGAGUAACUUUAUAUCUUACUUUUUUUUAAUAUGAUCAAGAUGCCCUUCUUUACUUAGCAGAAUAUGUAUGUCUUGAUCUUUAUAAAAUUUGAUCCUUAUUAUAUAGUACAAUAUUUUGUUUGCUGUAAUGUUCUUGGCACGUAAAUGGUGUACGUGUUUUGGAUUAACUAAGCAAAA